GUAUUCGCGUAGUUGUAAGUCUGGAUCCUCCGCUCGCCCCUGCAGCGCUCGGCCGCGUGUUUUAAUUAGCCUGGUGUGGGACAGCGGUGGUGCGAUCUAUCCGUGCGCGGUGGGAGCAGUAGAGAUGGGGUCCUCCCGCCUUCCUAGAGCGGCCGCGUAGCGGGAGUCUUCCAGCAUCCCAGCGUCCCCCGCGCGCUCCCGCCCUGCUCGGCGGCUUCCGGCGGUCGCUGCGACUUCCGGUGGAGCGUGUGGCGGCGGGAGCGUGUGGCGGCGGCGGGCCGGGAGCAGCCAUGGCGUACCGCGGGCAGGGCCAGAAGGUGCAGAAGGUGAUGGUGCAGCCCAUCAACCUCAUCUUCCGCUACCUGCAAAACAGGUCCAGGAUCCAGGUGUGGCUUUAUGAGCAGGUGAACAUGCGGAUAGAAGGCUGCAUCAUUGGCUUUGAUGAAUAUAUGAACUUGGUGCUGGAUGACGCAGAGGAGAUUCACUCCAAAACAAAAUCAAGGAAGCAGCUGGGUCGGAUCAUGUUAAAAGGGGACAAUAUCACUCUUCUACAAAGUGUUUCUAACUAGAAAUUGCUGUUCUUCACUUAGAGCAGUGAUUGCAGUUCAGAGUGGUUUGGAGUGAAUGAAGAAAGUGCUAGUGGGAACGUGGCCUGCUGGUAGAUAGGAAGUUACGUGUAACUGGCGUUGCAUGCUGAGCUAAAAAGUCUCCUCCUUUUGUGGCAGUAAUUUUUUUUGUAGCUUGAAAGAAUACAGGAUGUACUUCCCAAAUAAACAUUUUUCACGUUAACUGUAAA